AUUGGUAUAUUCAAUCUAUCGAUUAACGGCCACACUGCUCUAACAAAUCUUGUCGUGUUGGAAUUUAAAGCAUAAAAUUAGGCUGUCAUAACCAAAAUGAGCGCCUCGAAGGAGGGCAAGGAAAAGAAGAUCAAGAUAUUGGGCAUGGAAAACAUUUCACCGCCCAAGGAUAAGCGUCCUGCUACCAGGAUGAAGCUCUUAAAUGACGUAGCAGCGAAUGUAGACCCUGAGGCUAGUACUAGUCCAUCAAAGGCUGUCGGAAAUAAGCCGGAAAAACGGGGAAGUCUGGGAGGAUCCCGUAUAAAAAUACUCAAUGAAGAAAUCUUGGCCACGCCAAAGGCUGAGAAGAGAAGCGUCAUCAAGACAACAAAUACUUCAACCUCCACUGUAAAGAUUCUUAAUGAGAAGAGGACGCCUAGCGCCACCGUUACAGCGGUGGAAGACGUCAAGAUUAAGACCUCACCCAGUAAAAGAAAGAAAAUGGAACACUAUGUACUCCAGGCUGUAAAAACUGAAAAUAGCAAAGCAGACACAACUGUUACCGCGGUAGCCGAGGAAGAUGAUGAUACCAUUGCUUUUAUUCUAGCAGACGAUGAGGAAGUGGUGCCAGGCAGAAUUGACAACACCAAUGGACAGGAGAUCGUAGUCACCGAAGGUGAAGAGGACCUAGAGGAAGAUGGUGAGGACGACGGCGAGGAAUCGUCGGGAAAGGGAAACAGCACUCAGACCAAAAUCAAGGAGAUCGUUGAGCAUGUCUGUGGCAAAUGCUACAAAACUUUCCGCCGAGUUCAGAGUCUCAAAAAACAUCUGGAGUUCUGUCGCUACGACAGUGGGUACCAUCUGCGCAAGGCUGACAUGCUUAAGAACCUAGAAAAGAUUGAAAAGGACGCCGUGGUGAUGGAGAAGAAGGACAUUUGCUUCUGCUGCAGUGAAAGUUAUGACACUUUUCAUCUGGGCCACAUUAACUGUCCGGACUGCCCCAAGUCGUUCAAGACGCAGACUAGCUAUGAGCGUCACAUCUUCAUCACCCACUCUGAAUUCAGUGAUUUCCCUUGCUCCAUUUGCAACGCCAACCUGCGCAGUGAAGCCUUGCUGGCGCUUCACGAGGAGCAACACAAGUCGCGUGGCAAACCGUAUGCUUGCAAAAUCUGCGGAAAGGAUUUUACACGCUCCUAUCACUUAAAACGCCACCAGAAAUACUCAUCGUGCUCGUCGAAUGAGACCGAUACCAUGAGCUGCAAAGUGUGCGAUCGUGUCUUCUAUCGACUGGACAAUCUGCGAUCCCAUCUGAAGCAACAUUUGGGCACACAAGUAGUGAAGAAACCGGAGUACAUGUGCCACACGUGCAAAAAUUGCUUCUACAGCCUCUCCACGCUUAACAUCCACAUUCGCACACAUACUGGGGAAAAACCCUUUGAUUGUGAUCUUUGCGACAAGAAAUUCUCCGCUUUGGUGGCCCUUAAAAAGCAUCGACGCUAUCAUACUGGCGAGAAACCGUACAGUUGCACAGUGUGCAAUCAAGCCUUUGCCGUCAAGGAAGUGCUCAAUAGACAUAUGAAACGUCACACUGGAGAACGACCGCACAAAUGUGAUGAGUGUGGGAAGAGUUUCAUCCAGGCCACCCAGUUGCGUACCCAUUCCAAGACCCAUAUUCGACCCUUUGCUUGCGAACAGUGCGAGGAAAAGUUUAAAACAGAGAAACAACUAGAACGCCAUGUAAAGAGUCAUUCUCGCACUAAACGGCCUGUAUUCUCCUGCACCGAAUGCAAGCGUACUUUCCGUACCACAGCAUUGCUCAAGGAGCACAUGGACGAAGGCAAUCACAGCCCAAAACAACAGAGAGUCGCCAAGCGUCCUGCCAUCAAAAUUAUGGAGCGAACAGAUUGCGCUAUAUGCGAUAAGAACUUCGACAGCAGCGAAACCCUACGCAGGCACAUUCGCACUGUACAUGAAUGCGAUCCAGAUGACAUUUUCGGUGUUGAGCCUCAGCCCUCAAAGCGCUGCAAAGAAGCCAAGCUAAGUGAAAUCGAAGAGGACGAGGUUGUACCGGUGGCGCUAAACACAUCGGCGGGUUCUCUGAUUUCCAGCCAGACGGAUGGCAAUGGCGUUGUGGUGCGAGAAUUCCUGGUGGACGAGGGCGAUGGUACUGCCCAAACCAUUACGCUGGAAAAUGAAACAUACACGAUUUUGCCCUUAGACGGGGCUAUCGAGGGUGAGCAGCUACCAGAAGAAGCUGCAGUGAAGCCCGAAAGCAAGAAGGAGGAAACACAAGUUUCACCGGUGGUCAAGAAAGAGCAACGAAAAUCCCUGGCCGCCAGCUUGGCGGCUGCCAUUGCGGAUAAUCUGGAAGAAGCCUCGAGCGAUGAUGACUUUAGCGGAGAUAUUCUUACAGAGGAGGAUCUUAAGCUGAAAGAGAAUGUCGGUAAACUUAUUGACAUGUUGGUGGAUCCACCGAUCCUAAAGAAAUACGGUUGGCCAAAUGCUCCCGAGGAGACUGUACUCUGUAAAGUGAUUGAAAAUUGUGGCCACGAUUUGUCGAAAUCAGGCGAGAAUUACGCAGAACUUGACUACGCUAGCCGUAUGCGGGAAUAUUGCAAACUACUCUUCACCGUGGUCAUUCACAACGACUCCAUCAAGUCGCUGCUCAACAAUUUCCCCAUCGACGAUGUCAUUGAAUAUGUUCUGGGUGAUGAGGAUCAGGAAGAAGGAGGCUUGGGCAAGGAUUUAGAUAAAAAGUCAACUGAAGAUGAUGACGACGUGGAGAUGAUCACAGGAGAUGAUGAUGACAAGAAGGCGGUCACAGAGAAAGGUGAAAAAAGGACGAUCUCGGAGGAAAAUAAAAAAACAGAAGAUAAGAAAAAAGCGAUCCCUACGGAAAUUGAAAAGGAGAAGGCUUGAUUGCUCACGCUAAAAUUAGGAACCAGAUAUUAUUGCACAAAAUUUGUUAAAUUUAAGUCUUCUUACCAAUGGAGUUUUAAUUGUAAUUGGACAUUGAAGAUUGGUUUUUGAUCGAGCUAAAUAUUUUAAGGCUCGUUUUGAUUUGUACUACAUAGCUAGACUUAUGAGUAUUGGUUUCGGAUCAAGCACCAAGUGACCUUAGAGGAGAAAAUUACCUAGCUUCUGUUGUUAAAUUGUUCCAUUUAUUUACCCAGAAUUUGAUACAAGUUAACGGAUAACCCAAAAAAAAGCAAACCAACUUAUUACUUAUCAAAGAUAUUUUGAUUCUAUUAUAAACUUUUUAUAUAUUUUUAAAUAAAAAGUUGAACCAAG